ACGGCGGAGGCGGGAGAGGGGGGCGGUGGCCUCUCGGAGCUCUUCGCCGCGGCCGCUCUGGCGGGGCGCGGGCGGCGCUGCCAUGGCGCUCUCCGCUGCCCCUCUCAAGGUCUGCGUCGUGGGCUCGGGCAACUGGGGUUCUGCAGUUGCCAAAAUAAUAGGUAAUAAUGUAAAAAAAUUGCAGAAGUUUGCUUCCACAGUGAAGAUGUGGGUCUUCGAGGAGAAUAUUAAUGGGAGAAAACUGACAGAUAUCAUAAAUCAUGAACAUGAAAAUGUAAAGUAUCUCCCUGGAUACAAGCUGCCAGAUAAUGUGGUUGCUAUCCCAAACCUUAAGGAAGCGGUACAGGAUGCAGACUUGCUGGUUUUUGUUAUUCCUCAUCAAUUCAUUCAUAAAGUCUGCGAUGAAAUCACAGGACGAGUACCCAGGAAAGCGCUCGGCAUAACUCUCAUAAAGGGAAUAGAUGAAGGCCCGGAGGGACUCAAACUGAUCUCUGACAUUAUUCGAGAGAAGAUGGGAAUAGACAUCAGUGUGCUGAUGGGAGCUAACAUUGCCAGUGAGGUGGCAGCAGAGAAAUUCUGUGAAACCACAAUAGGCUGCAGAAUCUUGGAAAAUGGCCUUCUCUUCAAAGAACUCCUGCAGACUCCAAACUUCCGAAUAACUGUAGUUGACGAUGCAGAUACAGUUGAGCUGUGUGGUGCUUUGAAGAAUAUAGUAGCAGUAGGAGCUGGUUUCUGUGAUGGCCUUUGCUAUGGUGACAAUACCAAAGCUGCUGUUAUUCGCCUUGGCCUAAUGGAGAUGAUCGCCUUUGCCAAAUUUUUUUGCAAAGGACAGGUUUCUACUGCCACUUUCCUGGAGAGCUGUGGCGUUGCUGAUCUCAUCACAACAUGUUAUGGUGGCCGGAAUCGACGCGUAGCAGAAGCAGUCGUUAAAACUGGAAAGUCUAUUGAAGAAUUAGAGAAAGAAAUGUUGAAUGGUCAGAAACUGCAAGGACCACAGACUUCUGCAGAAGUGCAUCGCAUCUUGAAGCAGAAAGGAAUGCUGGACAAGUUUCCACUCUUCACGGCUGUGUAUCAAAUCUGCUAUGAAGGGAGGCCUGUCAGAGAGAUAAUAUCCUGCCUUCAAAGCCAUCCAGAGCACAACGCUGGAGAACACUCAACUUGGCACUAGGUAUUUUUCCCCCACUAAUACUUACUGCUCAUUAAAAGACUGUGGCAUGGUACUGAAACUGAAGGAUUAGAAGCCUACUCUGCAAAUACUCUGUUUUGCCUAGUACUGGGGUAGUCUUACUGAAAACAUUAACCCCUGUGUAAGAGGGUCAUAAAUUUGUAACUAAUUCUUGGUUUAUGAACUUUAAUUACUAAGGAAGGCAUUACAUUCUAAUGAUACUUACUCAACUUGCCCUUGUCAUAUGUACUGAUUUUGUUUAGAGAUGUUGAAUGUAUACCUGUUUGAAGAGUUAGUACAAAUAAACAUUUUUGUCUUGGGAA